AUGGUAGCAGAUAUGGGGGAUCGUGUGCACCAGUACGUGAGAGGGCUAGGGCCGCAUUUGGCUAAAGACUGUUUGACAGCCUCACUCCAGGACGGGAUGACUAUCGCUCGCAUUCAGGCCCACGCCCAAAACCUGGAGGAGCAGUACCAGCAACGGAGGGGCGAGCGUGAUUCGGAUAGAGGCUCCAGAAAAAGAGGCAGAUCUUUUGGAGCCGGAAGUGAGUAUAGAGGGGGACAGGCAUCGCAGCAUUCCAGGUAUCCAGAACCGGAUCAGAGUGCCCGAGCAUCAGGGUCCCAGCAUAGAGCCCAGUCGAAUAGGACAGGGCCACCCCCACCGCGAUGCACUCGGUGUGGUAAGCUACAUUCUGGGCAGUGCUACCUUGACACAGGCGCUUGCUUUGUCUGUGGUCAGACUGACCACUUGAUGCGUGACUGCCCACGGAGGACCGGGAGAGACCAGACUCAGCCCGCCGGAUCCGCUAUCGGUUCGUCGUCGACCGUGCGCCCUCCCGGACAGACGUCCCAGGCCCCAGCCGGUCGUGGUCGAGGCAGAGGAGGAGCACCCAGUACAGGCGGUUCCCAGAACCGCAUAUUUGCAUUGACAAGACCGCAGGAUCCUGAGCCCUCCCAGGACGCAGCUACAGGUACUCUAUCGGCAUUUCUUAUUAAAAGUACAUAUGUGAUCGAUUUGCACUCCAUACCGUUAUGUGUCAUUCUUUAUAUUGUUGGUGAAAAUCCGGAAAUCCUGGAUGAAAAGUAG